CUCUUCGCGCUCGGAGCCGGGCUCCGCUCGCUAGCCAGCUCGCCGGCUCUGCUCCCGGCGGGGGCCGCGGGUUCGCGCCGGUCGCCCCGCGCUCCGACGGUCCUCCGCCCGGGACUCCGGGUCCCCGCGGCCGGCCGCGCAAGAUGCAGCUGGCCCUCCUCCUGCCCUGGGCGUGCUGCUGCCUCUGCGGGUCGGCGCUGGCCACCGGCUUCCUCUACCCCUUCCCGGCCGCAGCCCUGCAGCAGCACAGCUACCCCGAGCCGGGCGCCGGCUCUCCGGGCAGCGGCUACGGGAGCCGCCGGCACUGGUGCCAUCACACGGUGACACGGACGGUGUCCUGCCAGGUGCAGAAUGGCUCGGAGACGGUGGUCCAGCGUGUGUACCAGAGCUGCCGGUGGCCGGGGCCCUGCGCCAACCUUGUGAGUUACAGGACCCUGAUCAGACCCACAUACAGAGUGUCCUACCGCACAGUGACAGCGCUGGAGUGGAGGUGCUGCCCUGGCUUUACCGGGAGCAACUGCGAUGAGGAAUGCAUGAACUGUACCCGGCUCAGCAACAUGAGUGAGCGGCUGACCACGCUGGAGGCCAAGGUUCUCCUGCUGGAAGCAGCGGAGCGGCCCUCAGGCCCGGACAAUGACCUGCCGGCCCCCCAGAGUACCCCACCGCCCUGGAACGAGGACUUCCUCCCCGACGCCAUCCCCCUCGCCCACCCGGGGCCCCACAGGAGAAGGCCCCUGGGCCCAGCCGGACCCCCGGGGCAGAUGGGACCACCAGGGCCUGCAGGCCCCCCAGGCUCCAAAGGUGACCGGGGCCAGGCAGGAGAGAAGGGCCCGGCAGGACCUCCCGGCCUCUUGGGGCCGCCAGGGCCCCGCGGGCUUCCUGGAGAGACGGGGCGCCCCGGCCCCCCUGGUCCCCCUGGCCCGGCCGGCAGCCCGGGCCUCCCUCCAGACGGCCCCCGAGGCGUCCUGUACUCUCUGCAGCCGCCCACCGACAAGGACAAUGGAGAUGCACAACUGGCCUCUGCUGCCGUGGACACGGUGCUGGCAGGCGUCCCAGGGCCCCGGGGCCCCCCCGGCCCUCCAGGUCCUCCUGGACCCCACGGUCCCCCAGGCCCCCCAGGUGUACCUGGAUCCCAGGGUCUGGCUGGAGAGCGGGGCGCGACGGGGCCAUCUGGCGAGCCUGGUGGGAAGGAGGAGGAAGAGGAGGAGAGCGCCACCGCGGAGAGUGAGGGGGUGCAGCAGCUGCGGGAGGCCCUGAAGAUCCUGGCGGAGAGAGUCCUCAUUCUGGAGCACAUGAUCGGGAUCCAUGAUCCCCUGGCCUCCCCCGAGGGGGGCUCCAGCCAGGACGCCGCCCUGAGAGCCAACCUCAAGAUGAAACGGGGCGGCCCCCCGCCCGACAGCUCCCUCGCUGCCCUGCUCGGCCCCGACCCCGGGCAGAAGAGCGCUGGCCGGGCCAGCAGCGAGAAGUAGGGGCCCAGCUCUCCAAGACAAGCCCGGCCCCCCCAGAGACCAGCCCCAGGGCCUGUACUGCCGCUGGCUCCUGAAGGCGCCCCCAGUGGGACCGGGAUCCAGGCAUGGAAGAUGAUGAGGGACCCUGGUCCUGGGGCCUGGGGGCCUUGGGGACAGAUGGCAUCUCCAGGGGCAGGGUCCAGAGGGGCCCAGCACCCUCGGCAGAGCCCAGCCCUGGUCCCCGCCCUCCCCCACCCCCCACUCCCUGCAGGAGACGGGGUCUGGGCGGGCCGGGCGAGGUGUGAGAAUAACCAUGAUCCCCACCAUUUACUGAGUCCCUGUGAGGUCUGGGCCUGUCUGGGAGCUUUCCCUACAUUGUCUCAUUUAACCCUUAGGAGGUAGGCUUGUUACCCCCACUUUCUGGGGGAACGGAGGCUUGGAGAGGACGAAUAAG